GGUUAUGGCAACCAGUUCAGUGGCUCGCUGCAUCGCCAUGGAAAUUGUGCUCCAUUCAUUUCUCUUCACCGUCCCUUUAUUUAUACACCUCUGUACUCUGUUUGUUCACCUUAAUUGAGGGUUGCAGAAGAAUGAAUUAUUAGUAGAAGAAAGACGAGAUGAAAUUAGCAAACAUCGUGGUUCUGAGUUUCCUGGCAUUGCUUUUGAUCGCUUCGGCAGUUGCAGAAGCUACGACGGCUGGUGCUGGACACAGACGAGAAGAAGAGGACAAGAGAAGAAGCCGCAGCCGGAGCGGCGGCGCCGGCGGAAGAACUAGAAGAAGUGGCCGGAGAGGAAGAGGAAGGUCCAGAUCAGGCAGAUCGUCGUCCAACUGCGACCCGCUCUAUCAGUACCUCUUUGGGAGCUGCGGCCAAUGGCCUUUCUCCCCGUCUUCUCCAGACAACCCCUUUAACCCCUCUCCCGCUCCUUCGCCUCGCCGUCCUCCGGCCCCGCAGCCUUCGCCUCUGUUGCCUUCACCGCCGCUAAUUCCCCUUCCACCGCCUCCACCGGUAAUACCUAUUCAGCCGCCACCAGUAAUACCUAUUCAGCCGCCACCUUUACUACCUUCGCCACCACCGCCCGUAAUACCCAUUCCGCCGCCGUCGCCUCCACCGUUGGUCACGCCAUCUCCCCCUCCUGUGGUCCCUUCGGCACCGCCGCCAGUCACACCUUCACCUUCACCCCCGCCAGCGGUCUCCUCUCCUCCACCAGCCUCUCCCUCUCCGCCGCCACCUUAUCCUCCCCCACCCUCUCCCCCACCGCCACCAUCCCCGCCCCCGCCUUCACCUCCACCGCCAUCUCCGCCGCCGCCGUCUCCACAACCACCUUUGGUUCCUUCCCCACCCCCACCAGACGUUCCUUCUCCUCCUCCACCUGACUUUUCCUUCCUAUUUCCGCCACCACUGGUUCCUUCACCACCACCGCCGCUAUUUCCCUGGCUAUCUCCGCCAGAUAUAUUCCCUCUCUCACCACCUCUUCCGAUACUUCCUCCCCCGCCGAUUUUCCCACUGCCACCGGCACCACCGCUGGUGCCGAUCUUUUCUCCGCCCCAACAAGGCUUGCCACCCAAUGAAUUUACCCCUGCGCCGCCAAACUUCCCCACAUUUUCGCCGCCCCAAGAGCCUCCAGAAAUCCCACUAGUUCCACCGGAACAGCCGAUUACAUUCACUCCACCUGAACAACCGGGCAAUGAAGUGACUCCAAAUCCAACGUUCCCAUUCCCACAGCAGCCGCCGGAGUUUUCACCGCCAUUUGGUUUCCUUCCGCCGUUUCAGCUUCCGCCUCCAACAACCGGCGAGACUCCAACACCACCACUCCCAUUGCCGGAGCAGCCACCGGACAUGCCUCCGCCGGAGGCUUUCUUCCCGCCGUUUCAGCUUCCGCCUCCGACAACCGGCGAGACUCCAACACCACCACUCCCAUUGCCGGAGCAGCCACCGGACAUGCCUCCGCCGGAGGCUUUCUUCCCGCCGUUUCAGCUUCCGCCUCCGACAACAAUCGAGACCCCAACACCAACGCUCCCAUUGCCGCAGCAGCCACCGGACAUGUCUCCACCGAUGGGUUUCUUCCCGCCGUUUCAAUUUCCGCCUCCGUCAACCGGCGAGAUUCCGAAACCAACGUUCCCAUUGCCGCAGCAACCACCAGACAUGUAUCUUCCACCGCCAGUAGUGGUCCCGGGAAUCCCCGAGAACCCGCUGCAGCCGCCGUCUUCGCCACUUCCUUUCCUCCCGCCCUUUCAGCUUCCACCUCUACCCGAUUCACCUCCGUCAGAGAAAUAAUUUUGUUUCCCUUCGAUGCUUGGGAGCUUUUUCUUUUUCUUUUCUGGGAAUAAUUAGAAUUAUUGUAAUAUCAUUUCCCUACUGUAAUUCAUUCUGUUUAGUUAAAGUGUAUCUUAAAUUAUCAAAAUCUGUCAACUGAUAUU